AGAAGCGGAGCCACUACGGUGUCAAUUUUUAACAUUGUAUCGAACGAUCCUUUGUAGUUUAUCUAUGCGAUUAGUCAUUAUGCCAUUUUGUGUGCAAGAAGUCUAAGUUAUUAUAGUUAUUUGUUGCAAGAUAGAAAAAGUGUAAUGUUGAGAAAUGGUUUAUGCUAGGUUUUGCAGAAAAAAUCGGAUAAUAUUGCGUAAUACGAUUGUGUCACAAUAGUGGAGUGAUGUGAUUGUAAAGUUAGUUAUGCACAUUUCUUGAUUUGGGGUAAUAGAUGGAGGACAAAGGGGUGAAACCACGACCUCGAUCAAAUUCAGCAAGAGUAUUGGUUUUUAACGAACCAAAGCCUGGAUUUCGACUAGAACAUAGGCAGAAUUCAUGUACGGAUUCAUGGCUUUCACGAAAACAAUCAGAUCCUGAAAAUGGUGCAUCAAACCUAGUUCGGAUAAGGAAAUCGGCGUUGGGAAAGUCUGCUCCAUCAUUAUCGUUAAAUAUGAAGGACUCUUCUUCUUCUGUGAAUAGAAGGAAUAGUCGGUCAAGUGCAAUACAUAGAUUGAGUUUUGUUACAAAUACAAGUCCAGUACUACCAAGAUCUCAUUCACCAGUUUGUGGUAGUCCUCUUGAUAGCCCUAGAACACACACCAGCUUCAAUAACUUCUCAUUCGCACCUAUCAAAAGGAUUGUAGCUGGAUAUCGAGGAGAUGGAAGAAGAUGGUCUGUGGCUUCUCUUCCUUCAUCUGGUUAUGGAACAACACCAGGAAGUUCAAACAUGUCGUCAAAAUGCUCUAGUCAAGAACGAUUACAUCAGUUACCUCAUAUUCCUACUUCUGAAGAUAUUAGAAUAUUAACUCAUCAUUUUUCGAGUAACGAAAGUAAUGCCUCUUUACCCAGUUGUGAAGAUACUUCGUCAGUGAGUCACCGGUCUCCUCUUCAUAGGCCACGGUCUCGGAGCCUAAGUUUAUAUUUAUUUCAUUCUAGUAGUCCAAGUAGAACUCCAGUUAUCGACAACGAAGUAUGUAUGAUGAAUGUUCUAUAUAAAGAACGAUUUCCAAAAGCAACUCAGCAAAUGGAAGAAAGAUUAGGAAAUUUUAUUGAAGAAAACAAAAUAUUAGAUUUUGGAAAAGAUUGUGAUUACUUACCUAUUGUUCGUUUUGUUCACCAUCAAGUUCUAGAGAUAGCUAGAGACUGCUUGCAUAAAUCACAAACUAAAUUGAUUACCAGUCAGUAUUUUCACGAGAUGUCCGAAAAUUUGGAACGUUUAUUAUCAGAGACUAAGGAAAAAUCCGAGGAUGCAGCUAAUUUGUUAACAAGUUUUAUUAAAAAGCUUCUUCUAAUAAUAUCUAGACCAGCGCGUCUCUUAGAAUGUUUGGAAUUUGAUCCUGAAGAAUUUUAUCAUUUUCUGGAAGCAGCCGAGGGCCAAGUAAAAGGAAUGCAAGGUAUAAAAGCUGAUAUCCCUCAGUACAUUAUUCAAAAAUUGGGUCUAAAUAGAGACCCAAUAGCGGAACUCCAACAAGAACUCCGCGAUUAUAACUGGUCAAAUGAAAAUAAACCAGUGGUUUUGAAUACAAAUCCAACUAUGAGAAAAACAUUAUCAAACCCUAAUGAAAAUGAUUUUGAAAUAGUUAAACUCAUUUCCAAUGGAGCCUAUGGAGCUGUCUAUUUAGUGAAGCACAAACAGACUCGAUUGCGAUUUGCAAUGAAAAAAAUUAACAAAAACAACUUAAUGUUACGUAAUCAGGUAGAACAAGUUUUCGCUGAAAGGGAUAUACUUAGUUUUGCUGAUAAUCCUUUUGUAGUCAGUAUGUACUGUAGUUUUGAAACUAAGAAACAUCUAUGCUUAGUAAUGGAAUAUGUGGAAGGUGGAGACUGUGCAAGUUUAUUAAAAAAUAUUGGACCUCUUCCUGCAGACAUGGCUCGAUUUUACUUCGCUGAGACAGUACUAGCUGUUGAGUACUUACAUUCCUAUGGGAUUGUGCAUAGGGAUUUAAAACCAGAUAACCUUUUAAUUACAGCGUUGGGGCAUAUCAAACUAACGGAUUUCGGAUUAAGUAAAGUGGGUCUCAUGUCGUUGGCUACAAACUUAUAUGAAGGGUAUGUGGACACGGAGUCUAGAAAGUUUUCAGACAAGCAAGUUAUUGGUACUCCUGAAUAUAUUGCACCUGAAGUUAUCUUGAGGCAAGGAUAUGGAAAACCAGUUGAUUGGUGGUCUAUGGGAAUUAUUCUCUACGAGUUCCUUAUUGGUUGUGUUCCAUUUUUCGGAGAAACGCCUGAAGAGUUAUUUGCUCAUACCGUACAAGAUGAAAUAGAAUGGCCUGAAAAUGAAGACUGGCCUAUACAAGGUGAAGCUAAAGAUCUCAUUAUUUCUCUUCUACAACAUUCACCUAGAGAUAGAUUAGGCACUGGAGGCGCACAUGAAAUUAAAGAACAUGUUUACUUCAAUACGAUAGACUGGAAUUCACUACUUAGAAAAAAAGCUGAAUUUAUUCCUCAGCUACAACAUGAUGAAGAUACAAGUUAUUUUGAUAGUAGAAUAGAUCGUUAUAGUCACGAAUUAGAAGAUGAUACCGACGAUACCGAUGAUUCACCAGUGUUUGGUCUAUUUUCUUCCUGUUCUCCACAAUAUAAGAAAGUGUCAGAGUUAAGUUCCUUAAGUACUGAUACUGAUGCUGAAAUUAGUAGUUCAUCGUUAAAACUCAGUGCUUCUGAAGCAUCCGUGCCUGGAACUCCAGAAAUUUCAGAAUCAAAACCAAAAUCAAAACUAACAGAUAAUUUAAUUGUAUUCUCCCGAGCAAUAGAAAAGAAGAAACCUGAGAAUAAAAUGAUCUCGCUUGAUCUAUCAUCUUAUAUUAUAAGUACUCCAGAAUCAUCACAAACAGAUAGUGAUGAUGUGUCACCUCAAAUAAACAGAAGAAAGAAAACAACCCACACUAGGGACUUCUUACCUAAAUUUUCAAUAUCUGUCGAAGAUGAACAUUCUAUUGGUGGAGAAAAUAGAGAUUUUCCUUCACUAAGUCAAAUUAAAUCUGGAGUAUUUGGACAUUCGCCUAGAUCUGUGGUGAGAAGUGCAAGUACAUCAGGAUUAUCACUUAUGAUACCAGCAGAUGAUAUAACCUCAACACCACAUCUGAUCCAUCCAACAAAUGCCGGAGGAGGGUCAAGCACCGCUAGUUCUCGAGAUACUUCUCCAUGUCGUGAAUUAUCUCCAUUAGGAUCUACUUUGAAACCACCUAUUAUUAUUCGUAGAGGUCCUAAAGGAUUUGGUUUUACUGUUCAUACAAUCAGAGUCUAUUAUGGAGACACUGAUGUAUACACAAUGCACCAUCUAGUUAUGGCAGUAGAUGAAGGUAGUCCAGCCUUUGAAGCGGGGCUUCGUCCAGCAGACCUAAUCACUCAUAUAAAUGGGGAAACAGUUCAAGGAUUAUACCACACUCAAGUUUUACAACUUUUGUUGGGUGGUGCCGAACAUGUAAGUUUAAGAGCUACACCUUUGGAACAAACCUCUAUUAAGACUGGAGGUCGAAAAAGGGAGCCAGGUCAAAGCAAACUGGCAAGAAGAAGUCUAAACAGACAGAAGAAACAAAAGAAGGAAAGUGAUAAACGGCGAAAAACUUCUUUGUUUAAAAGAAUAAGUAGUAAAAGGGCCAGUGCUGAAAUGCAACAUAUUUCAAGUGCUAAUCUUCAAUCACCAGUCGGGGUGACUCCAAGCAGAAGUUUUCAGUCAUUUACUAGAAGUAGUGAUAACAGCUUCAGCGCAAAUACAAUCAGAGCUGCCGUUACACCUAGAUCAAAUUUAUCUACUCCAGAUUCUUUUUCAUUAGCCACUGUACAGUUUUCCUCACAAUCAUCUUCGUCAGAGAGUCCAUCACCAACUACAGUUCCCUCUAAUCGCAGUAGUAAACAACAUUAUCAAAGGCCUUCGACUUUGCAUGGCCUUAAACACAAGUUACAUACAACGGGUUGUUCAAAAGCAUUACACACAACUGGCCCUGCUUGCUCGCCUGCUGUGCAAAGUAGAAGAAAAUCUGUUGGUCAUAUUCCUUUAUCACCAUUAGCUCGUACACCAUCUCCAUCUCCUUUACCAGCUUCUCCAACGAGAUCUCCAAGUCCCUUGGCUUUUCCCAUCGGACAUCAACCAGGCAGCUCAAAUACAACUCAAUCUUAUAGCCCUAGCGCAGGCUCUGCUCCAAUAGCAGCAAUUGGCCAACCAAAAAAAAGUUUUGCAAGAGCGAAAAGUGGUGAACCUGGAUCACCAUUGCUGAGAAGAGCAUUAUCUCCUGAUAGACUCCAUCCCAGAAGUGCCGAAAGUAAAUGUUCAAUUUCACCAUUAUGUUCAUCUGGUAGUACAUGCAACUCUAAUGUUAAAUGCCAGGGUAGAGUUGGAGGAAGUUCUUCAAUAUGGCAUCCAAAUACCCAACAAGAUCAGGAUAAAGACAGUGAUUUAGACAUCUCCCAAUCAAGUGAUUCAAGUCUAAAUUCGUCCACGCCCGAAAAUCGUUUAUCUCUAAAUUUAUCAGGAGUUGGAGAGCUGCUUCCACGUAUUGCCGAGGAAAAAGAUUCUCCAACAAAUGGCCAGGAAACUAAACAGAAAAAGUUUACUAAAAGUUUUGAAGAAAAACCAAGUUAUAAAGAACCUUUAAAAGAAGAGAAUACUUCUAAAGAAAAUACUGAUACGAAAGAAAAAAAUUCUGUGAAUAUCGAGAAUAAAGAUACUGUGAAAAAAGAUGAAAUUGAUAAGUUGAAAAAGAAUAUGCAGAAAAAUGAUACAGGUAAAAAAGCGGACAAAGAAAAGAAAGCAAAAUCGGAAGAAUUUCACAAAGUAGACAAAGAGAAGAAACUUAAAGUAGAGGAAGAUCAAAAUAAAAGUGACAGAGAUAAGAAAAGCAAUGUGAAUUAAUGGAAAACAAAACAAAAUAUCUGGUAAAUCUGAAAAAUCAACUAACGAAAUAAAGAUAAUGUAAAAUAAUCAACACAUCAGAGGAAACACAUAGUCAAACAGUCAAAGAUAAAAACAAAAUACAGCUAACACUUUGCUGAAUAAAUAUGAUAAGAAAGACAAAAUUGAUAUUACUGAAUAGAUGUGUGAGUGUGUGUGUGUUUGUGUACAUAGAGCUGUGCUUCCUUUUUAUAUCCAUAGUUCGGUGACGUUGAUUUACGUGUUUUUAGCAAGUCCCAAUGCCAUUGUUUAUGACUAAAAAUGAAAUUUCAGCAAUGAUAGUAUACAUUUUAUACUAUUAGAGGUAAGGGCUAAGAACUGUAAAAAUCGACUUUGCUAAACAAUAUAAAGAGAAGCAAAGCUUUGGCGUUUGCAAAUUUAUAUUGAGUUUUUCUUUAAAUAUGUUUUGAUCAUUAUAUGAACAUCUAAAUCACUCAUGAUUACUAUUAUUAUAUAGUUUAAAUAUGAAGUAAAGCAGCAUACAUGAUUUAAUAAGUUUCAGUUACGACCUAACUAAUUCUAUGGGGUUAUUCUCUUCUUAUCUGAUUUUAUGUACUAUAUUGUAUAGGUUUAAGUGGAACAUAAAAGUAUGUGUUUAUUUUUUUCUCUUAAUCAACUUCGGUAUAAAUAGAUUAUGUCUUUGUAGUUACUGAUAAAUAUGCUGCCACUUGCACAACUUGAUUUUUUUUUAAUAUUCAAUAUCUAAAGUCUUUUGUUAAAAAUUUGUAUUGUUUAGGUGCAUUUUUAGAUUAAGGUAAUAUUAAUUUCAUCAGUCAUUUUUGUCCUAACAUGUUUUUCUUAUUUUUGUUCUGAUUGAGGCUUUGACAUUAUUUUAUAAAUAUUUCAUGUACUUUGCAAAAAGCUAUUCGACUAUAUUUUUUAUUAUGGUGAAAUUAAUUUAAAAAAAUAAUAUUAACACCAUACGAUUAUGUAUUUAAUUUCUAUGAAAAUUCAUUUGACAAAUCGAAAAUUUAAUAUAGUUCUGUGAUAAAUAUCUUAAAUCAAUGUUAAAUUGUCUCACAAUAAGUUGCAAAAUAUUGGACUUGGUCUAGUGGGUUGCUCAAUUUGAUUCUUUUUUUGGGUAUGAUGUUGAAACUGUUGAACUAGUCACUUGUUUUUUUAUGUAUAUUAUUGGUGUUUUAUAAUAAUGGCUUGAAUCCCUAUUUAUAUCAAGAAAGGAAUUUCAUAGUUAUCGGUAUUCAGGUAUUAAUGAAUUAGUUUUCUACAUUAUAUUUUAUAAACCUUUUUAUACUGCAUUUAUAAUCAUAUUUUAGGUUUUAGAAAGAUGUUUUAGAAAUUUUUUAUAAUUAUAUUACUAAAUUACGAGAAACGUCAUAAUUUGUAUUGUUAUAUACCAAUACAAUUUUAUACUUAAAUAAAAAAACAUUUUUUUAAUAGAAACAAACAGUAAAUUUAUGAUUAUUAAUGAACAAUAAAAAUUAUUUGAAUUUGUGAAAACUAGUUCAUUCUGAAAUAUCUUGAAUUGUCAUAACAUAAUGUACCUUAUCAAUUACAUGAACUUUUUUUUACUCUUUUAUAGAUUAUUAUUGAGGUUAUUUAGUAUACAUAAUUUUUAUUGUAUUUAAAAUUUAAGCUAUUUUGAAAUUUAUGCUUAUAAAUACUGUAUUAUUUUUUGAUGAUUAGUAAAAUAUAUUUAUGGUGCCGA